AUGAUGAAAAGUGCAUUACCACCAAAUUGUUCUUCAGCCACUCGACGGUCUUUUGUUGUUGAAGUGAAAGCUGGCCAAAUAAUUUUUGAUCCAACAGCUCUAUCACCUCGUCAAUAUCAAUAUCGUUUACCUUAUCGAUUGAAUCGAUCAUUACCAAAUUCACCUCGUCUAUUAAGUCGAUGUACUACACAUUCAACAACACCAGUAUCAAAAUCGGUUCGAAUAUCUACUCAAUCUAUUCCAUCGCAUACUAUUCAUUGUCGAUCGAGAUCUACUUCUCGACCACUUGAAUCAAUAUUACGUCAUAGUAGUGCCCAUGGAGUAAAAUAUUGAAGGAAACGGACUGCGUAACGCGUUUCCGAGAUUGUAGCAUGCGUUUCGCAACGUUUUUGCAAUAUAGAACGCGUUUCGCAGCAUUCUUACUUACAUAAAAUGCGUUUUGCCACAGUCGUUUUUUGAAACGAUCCGAAACGCUUUUUUCAAGAUUGCGUUUCGAGGCGUUUCCGAAUUAAAAUGCUGUCGAACGCACUUUGGUCGACAGGCGACGCGUUCCACAGAUACAAAUUGGGGGAAACGUAAAACGCGUUUCUUUUUCAAAUGUGUGUUGCAUUGUUUUUGCUUGGAAUGAUGCAAAAUAUAUCCAUUCUGCAUACAGAAUCUUGCAAAAAUUCACCAACACAAAGCAUAGGAGUUAAGCAAAGUAAAUUCUUUAAAAUUACUUUGGAAAUGAUAUGAAAUAGUACUUGAAAGUUUUGCUCCUUGCACUAUUUUUGUACGUGAAAAUCAUGACCCAGGAUUUUAUGAAGGCAAGACUAAAAUCAAAGUCUUGGAAAUUUUUAGGCUGCUAGGCUGUUAUCUAGACCUAAUUCGAAGUUAGACUAAUGUAAAACAUCAAAGUGUAACAAAAAAUAUAUUCUUCUUACUUAAAAACUCAUUUCACCAAGUUUUUAUUGAAAGAAAACGUGUUUCGUAAGGUUUACUUAAGAAUUGUUUUCGACUUGUACACGGAAGGAGAUGAUUCCGUCACGCUCGUUUGUAAUGAAUGAAAAGUUACAGACAAAUUUGCAGUGUCUCAUUUUGACAAGCACAAUUUUUUGUCCAAGAUUGCAAAUGCAUUGGAUUCUAGAGAUCGAAUCAUUUGUAUGAAAUAAAACAAAUAAAGCGUGACGGAAUCACGUUUUACGUGGACAGGUCGUUUUAAAUAUUGAGCAUUUCGAAGAGAUUUAGUAAAGACUGAUACUAAUAUAAUUAGUAUAGUAACUCUCUUCGGUUAUUUGUGAACAAAAGAAUUAUCGUGUUAUCUAUAAUUUGAAUAAAUAUUAGUUUGAGUUCAUACUCGAACUAAUUGAUAAUAACUAAUGAUACUGUGUACAAUACUAGUAAACAUGAUUUUAGUUUGUACAUUGUUGAAGGAAGAGUG